UCCCCGUCGUACCCACAGAGGCCCCAGCCCCUGGCUGGAGGCAGCGUGAGCCCUGAGUCCCAGCCUGCCUGCCACGCCCUCAUCCCCUGCUGGCUCCAGGUAGCAAUGCUCUGGCCCUAGGCUCAGGCUGGGAGUCAGGGAGGUGGGUUAGGCCCUCUGUGAGAGGCCACCACUUGGCAGCCCAGCUGGGACAUGACGCGGUGCCGGCCACUGGAGUGUGUGCCCUCCUGCCUGCCUGCCCACUUACCUGGAGGUGAGGGAAGGGUGGGAAACAACCAGACCCCAUGGGCAGGCUGGUGCCCCGCCCCCAGCCCCAGGCCUGGGGACCAUUUGGAGAAGCCUGGCAGGAGAGCUCCACCAGCCCAGGCCAUCAAGAUAAGACGCCGCAACGUUCAAGACCUGCAGGAUCCCCUGGCCCAAAUGACUAAGGAGGUCAACCCUGCAUCCUACCACUUCUCCCCCCAGGAGCGGGACCUGCUCUAUGAGGAAGCUCUCUACACUGUCCUGCACCGCCUGGGGCGGCCGGAGCCCAGUCAUGUGGUGGAGGCCUCUGAGCUGCUACAAUACCUGCAGGAGGCCUUCCAGGUGCAGCCUGAGGAGCACAAGCGCAUGCUGCAGCAGGCCAGGGAGCUUGAGAAGCCAGUAUUUUGUCUGAAGGCAACAGUAAAGCAAGCCAAGGGCAUCCUGGGCAAAGAUGUCAGUGGAUUCAGUGACCCCUACUGCCUGCUGGGCAUCGAGCAGGGGGUGGGCAUGCCAGGGGGCAGCCCAGGGUCCCGGCGUCGGCAGAAGGCCGUGGUGAGGCACACCAUCCCCGAGGAGCAGACCCACCGCACCCAGGUCAUCAACCAGACGCUCAAUCCCGUCUGGGAUGAGACCUUUAUUCUGGAGUUUGAGGACAUAACAAAUGCAAGCUUUCACCUGGACAUGUGGGACAUGGACACUGUGGAGUCCGUCCGACAGAAGCUUGGGGAGCUUACAGAUCUGCAUGGUCUUCGAAGGAUCUUUAAAGAGGCUCGGAAGGACAAAGGCCAGGACGACUUUCUGGGCAACGUGGUUCUGAGGCUGCAGGACCUGCGCUGCCGAGAUGACCAGUGGUACCCCCUGGAGCCCCGCACCGAGACCUACCCAGACCGUGGCCAGUGCCACCUCCAGUUCCAGCUCAUUCACAAGCGGAGGGCCACUGUGGCCAGCCGCUCCCAGCCCAGCUACACAGUGCACCUCCACCUUCUGCAGCAGCUCGUGUCUCACGAGGUCACCCUGCACAAGGUAGGCAGCACCUCCUGGGAUGGGUUGCUGAGUCCCCCGGCCACUACCAUCCUCUUUCUCCAUGCUACGCAGAAGGACCUGUCUGACUUCCACCAGUCCAUGGCGCAGUGGCUAGCCUACAGCCGCCUCUACCAGAGCCUGGAGUUCCCUAGCAGCUGCCUCCUGCACCCCAUCACCAGCAUUGAGUACCAGUGGAUCCAGGGCCGGCUCAAGGCAGAACAGCUGGAGGAGCUGACCAUUUCGUUCACCUCUCUGCUGGCCUACGGCCUCUCCCUCAUCCGGAAGUUCCGCUCCGUCUUCCCCCUCUCUGUCUCUGACUCCCCAGCCCGGCUGCAGUCUCUCCUCAGAGUCCUGGUGCAGAUGUGCAAGAUGAAGGCCUUUGGAGAACUGUGCCAGGACACCGCUCCGCUGCCCCAGCUGGUGACAGAGGCCCUUCGGAAUGGCACGGUUGAAUGGUUCCACCUGAAGCAGCAGCACCACCAGCCCAUGGUGCAGGGCAUGCUGGAGGCAGGCAAGGCCUUGCUGAGUCUGGUACAAGACGUCUUGGGUGACCUGCACCAAUGCCAGCGCACAUGGAACAAAAUCUUCCACAAUGCCCUCAAGAUUGACCUCUUCUCCGUGGCAUUCCUGGAGCUGCAGUGGCUGGUGGCCAAGCGAGUGCAGGACCACACGUCAGCUGUGGGCAGCCCUGUGUCUCCAGAGAUGGGCGAGAGUCUGUUCCAGCUCUACAUCAGCCUCAAGGAGCUCUGCCAGCUGGGCCCGGUUCCUUUAGACAGGGAUGGAGUCCUGGCCCUGGAUGGUUUCCACCACUGGUUCCAGCCAGCCAUCCCUUCCUGGCUGCAGAAGACAUACAGCGUGGCACUGGAGCGGGUACAGCGUGCUGUGCAGAUGGACGAGCUGGUGCCCCUAGGUGAACUGACCAAGCACAGCACAUCAGCUGUGGAUCUGUCCACCUGCUUUGCCCAGAUCAGUCACACCGCCCGGCAGCUGGACUGGCCAGACCCAGAGGAGGCCUUCAUGAUUACUGUCAAAUUCGUGGAGGACACCUGCCGACUGGCUCUGGUAUACUGCAGCCUUAUAAAGGCCCGGGCCCGGGCCCUUUCUGCAGGCCAGAAGGACCAGGGUCAGGCAGCCGACAUGCUGUGUGUGGUGGUGAAUGACAUGGAGCAGCUGCGGCUGGUGAUCGGCAAGCUGCCCACCCAGCUGGCAUGGGAGGCCCUGGAGCAGCGGGUAGGAACCGUGCUGGAUCAGGGACAGCUGCAGAACACACUACACACCCAGCUUCAGAGUGCACUGGCUGGGCUGGGCCAUGAGAUCCGCACCGGGGUCCAAACCCUGGCUGAGCAGCUGGAGGUGGGCAUCGCCAGGCACAUCCAGAAACUCGUGGAUGUCAAAGAGUCGGUGCUCCCCGAGGACGCCAUUCUGCCCUUGAUGAAGUUCCUGGAGGUGAAGCUCUGCUACAUGAACACCAACCUGGUACAAGAGAACUUCAGCAGCCUUUUAACCCUGCUCUGGACCCACACACUCACGGUGCUGGUGGAAGUGGCUGCCUCCCAGCGCAGCUCAACCCUGGCCUCUGGCAGGCUGAAGGUGGCCCUACAGAACCUGAAGAUCUGCUUCCAUGCUGAGGGCUGCGGCCUACCCCCUGAGGCCCUGCACACGGCCACCUUCCAGGCUCUACAGAGGGACCUGGAGCUGCAGGCGGCCUCCAGCCGGGAACUCAUCCAGAAGUACUUCUGCAGCCGCAUCCAGCAGCAGGGAGAAACUACCUCGGAGCAGCUGGGUGCUGUCACGGUCAAGGCUUCCUACCGCUCCUCUGAGCAGAAGCUGCAUGUGGAGCUGCUCAGUGCCUCUAGCCUGCUGCCCCUGGACUCCAACGGCUCCAGUGACCCCUUUGUCCAGCUGACCUUGGAGCCCAGGCAUGAAUUCCCUGAACUGGCUCCCCGAGAGACCCAGAAGCACAAAAAGGAUCUUCACCCACUGUUUGAUGAGACCUUUGAAUUCCUGGUGCCUGCUGAGCCAUGCCGGAAGGAUGGGGCGUGCCUCCUGCUCACUGUGCUGGACCAUGACACUCUGGGGACCAAUGAUCUGCAAGGGGAGGCCUUCCUGCCGCUGUGCACAGUGCCUGGGCUGAGCGGCUGCGAGGAGCCUGGUGAAGCACCUCAGACCCGCCUGCCCCUCACAUAUCCCAUGCCCAACGGGGAUCCAAUCCUGCAGCUGUUGGAGAGCCGGAAGGGUGAUCGUGAGGCACAGGCCUUUGUGAGACUGAGAAGGCAGCGAGCCAAGCAGGCCUCUCAGCAUGCCCCAAGGCCAGGGCAGUGAUGGUGGUGGAUGGACAAAGGGCUGGCCUCUAGGGGAGCCCUGGAAGGUUGGGGGGGGGGGCGUCUUCCCUGCACAGUUCUGGGAGUCCCAUUAAGUGGGGGGCCCAGGGUCCAGAGCCUCCUGAGCUCUUUCCAGAGUGUGGUCCCUUGCGGCACUAUUAGCAAUAUUUAUACUCUUCAUCCCUCCC